CUUGGCAGUUUCGUCGGGUUGGAUAUCAGCGUGUUGCCUUCCCAGUUUUACAUGAACUGGAGCGGCUACCCCCAGGACAGCACGGACACUUGGGAGCUCGGCACGGUGCACACCGGGUACCCAAACGGAGAGUGCUGGAGGAAGGAGGCGGGCGUUCAGAGCUCCUUCACUUUCGACAGUACUGUUGCUGGUGGUAGUAUGAAAAGGUCGAUCGUGCCCGGGUUGCAGGCGACAUUCGCAACGGCGUUUGGCGCGAAGAUCCCCGUCUUACCCGAGGACGUGAUUGUCAUCCCCCAAGAGGCGGAGAAAAACUACCUGACCGCGGGAGCGCACAAGGUCACCGUGGUGUUGCCCAUCGACCUGGACGCGGACGAUGCAACCCUGCAGAAAAAGAUCAAGGAAGAGUACGCGGGGUCGGAGGAGAAGUACAUUGAGCAGGAGAUUUUGGGGCUUUUCAAAGUCGACGACGACGACGCAUUACCCACCGCGCCUGGCUACACCGAAGUGUUCAGCAGCGACGGCAAAAAGGGGUUGUGCGCCCAGAGCACAAUAACGAACGGGAAUCCGACCCACCUUCCGGACGUGCGGGGCUGGAUCGACAACGACCCGUCCCCCCACGCGCGCGACACGUGCCAGGCGUUGUGCAACAAGAUACCGCAGUGCGUCGGAACCGGGUCGUACAUCUUCAACCAAAAUCCCGAUGGGAAGGAUAACAAUGAUCGCACGUUUUGCGAGCUGGACCUUGGCAGUUUCGUCGGGUUGGAUAUCAGCGUGUUGCCUUCCCAGUUUUA